UUUUCCUUCCUCAGGUCAAAGCUCAUGGAGGGAAAGGAUACGUUGAGCACGGAGAACACCUCCCUGCCCAUGAAUGUUUCAGCUGGGCUAAACGACUCUUCUCCGGUGUCAGAAUAUAGCGAUGCAGAGGUGGUCUUAAUUAGCAUCUUAAUGGGGCUUCUGGUUCUAGGCAUCGUCUUCGGCAAUGUGCUGGUCAUCAGCGCCAUUGUACGAUUUCAACGUUUGCAGACGGGCACCAACUACUUCAUCAGCUCCCUUGCCUGCGCCGACCUGGUCAUGGGCCUCAUGGUGGUGCCCUUCGGCGCAUGCUACAUCCUUCUCAACACGUGGCACUUCGGAAACUUCUUCUGCGAGUUUUGGACGGCUACGGAUGUGUUGUGCGUGACCGCUAGCAUCGAGACGUUGUGCGUGAUCGCCCUGGACCGGUACGUUGCGAUCAUGUGGCCUCUACGUUAUCAGUCGAUGCUUACGAAGCGGAAGGCCUGCGGGAUAGUCCUAGGGGUGUGGGCAGUGGCCGCCCUGAUCUCUUUCCUGCCCAUCCACAUGGAGUGGUGGGUGUCCGACGACCCUGAUGCGUUGAGCUGCUUGGAGAACCCAAACUGCUGCGACUUCAACACCAACGCCGCCUACGCCGUGACCUCCUCCAUCAUCUCCUUCUACAUCCCGCUGGUCAUCAUGGUAUUUGUGUACAGCCGGGUCUUCCAGGAGGCCCGUAGGCAGCUUCAGAAAAUCGAUCGCAUUGAGGGACACAUACGCACACAGAGCUUCAGCACCCAGGAGGGGAAUGAGAUGAAGAACCGGAGGACCAAGUUCGGCAUGAAGGACCACAAAGCUCUGAAGACCUUGGGGAUCAUCAUGGGAACAUUCACCCUCUGCUGGCUGCCGUUUUUCGUGCUUAACGUGGUGGCGGCCAUCUGGAAGAUGGACAACAUCAUGUUGCCUUUCAGGAUCUUGAACUGGAUCGGCUACGCCAACUCCGCCUUCAACCCCCUGAUCUACUGCAGGAGUCCUGAGUUCAGAUGCGCCUUUCAGGAGAUCCUGUGCCGUAGAACUUCUCACCUACCUUCCACAAGGAAUAACAAGGGAUAUAUCUACAGCGGCCACAGCUGGCAAGUCCACACGAAGACCACCAGACAACGAGAGCCCUCGCCAGCUUGCGAAACAGAAAUGGGUGCUAACAGUUUGACUGCGGGCAACACAAACACAAAUGGGAAUUGUAAUAAAGCUGUGACGUCCAAUAUUUAGCCAAUUUUGAACGUUUGAAUAUUCCCUGGAGCACUUGAGAGAUUUCUGCAACCGCUUUUGUCUGUGACAAAACAUGGUUUUUAGAUGUUUAAGUCUUUGAACCAUGAAGGUUUUGCCCAUAC